AGUUGUAACCGUAGGCAACCCAGCCCUGAACCCUCUAUAAAUCUAGAUAAUUCAUUCCCCCUCUCCCAUUAUAUAUCAUCUCUCUCUCUCUUGCUCUCUCCAUAUAUGUAUAAGCAUUUGUGUCUCUCUCUUUGUUGCUGAAGGAAGUUCACAUGAAAAGAUGUGUGGUGGUUCAAUAAUUUCAGAUGAGCCCAUCAUCAAGAAAAGAGGCAAAUUAAGUCCACAGGAACUCUGGGCUCAGCUUGAUACCAUUUCUGAGUUUUGGGGCUUCGAUUCUUCAAAUGAUGUCCCAAAUCAACCCAAACACUCUUCUAUCAAGAAAGAGAAGUAUAAAAAGAUUGAGAAAGGCAAUGAGAAGCCUAGAAAGAGCAAGUACAGAGGCAUAAGGCAAAGGCCAUGGGGAAAAUGGGCAGCAGAAAUCCGUGACCCGAACAAGGGCGUGAGAGUGUGGCUCGGAACCUUUAACACGCCGGAGGAGGCCGCCCGAGCCUACGACGGGGCGGCCAGGCGCAUCCGCGGUGACAAGGCCAAGCUCAACUUUCCCAACCAUCAUCAGCCGCGAACGCCACCGGAGCAACCACCGCCCAAGCGGCUAUGCGUUACCCCGAAGCCGCCGGUUGAGCCGAGCCCGGAUAUGGCCUACAGCUUCGAGAGUCUAGAGGAAUAUUAUCCUACACAUUCUCAGGCGAUCAAGGAUGGAUUAUCAAGCUUGGAGAGUUUCUUAGGAUUGGAACCGACUCAGGAGCCUCAGACCCCCGAGUUGGCCCGAUUUGGAUUGGAUGAGCCGGUUGGCUCCGUUGAUCUAUGGUUCAUGGAUGAAUUUGUUUCACUAGGGCAAAACAAUAGUGUGUUCUUCUAGAAAGAUCCAAAGUAAUAAACAACAUGUGAGUGUGAAAUAUGUUGUGUUUGUGCAAUGCUUGCGUGGGAUUUGACACUUUUAUGCUUGCUUGAAUGUACAAAUUAAACCUUUUUAAUUAUUAUGUAAGUCUUAUAUGUUUGUGCUUCA